CUUUCAGAAAUUAAUGGAUAAUACUGAUAACAUUACAUAUCUAAUGAUGGAGGGACAUGUGGAUUUAGAGCAUUAUAGAUAUCUUUAUUUUUUAAUUGCUCUCACUACCAACAUAAUGAUUAUCUGCUUUAAUACAGUUAUAAUUUCUGUCAUAUACAAAAACAAAUGCCUUCAUGAGCCCAUGUACAUUUUCACUGCUGCUUUGCUUUGUAAUGCUCUCUUUGGAGCGACUGCUCUUUAUCCUAAACUGCUCAUUGAUUUACUGUCUGAAAAACAAAUAAUCUCUUUUGAAGCUUGUUUACUUCAGGCAUUUUGCAUAUACACAUAUGGUGCAUCAGAGUUCACACUGUUAUCAGUUAUGGCCUAUGACAGAUAUGUGUCCAUCUGUAAACCUUUACAUUAUGCAUCUCUUGUAAAAAUGUCCACUGUCAGAAAUCUCUUAUUGUUAUCAUGGUUUUUGCCUUGUGAAGUUGGAAUCGCGGUUCGACUUCAGCUGUGUAAAUUUAAAUUGAACAGAAUAUAUUGUGAUAAUUACUCAGUUGUUAAAUUAAACUGCAGGGAAACAUUUGUUAAUAACUUAUAUGGUCUUAUAACACUAGAAUCAGUUCAAAUUCCCCACAUUAUUGACAAGAACCUGUCAGUUAGUCAUUCUGUUAUUACUCCUCUAAUUAAUCCUAUAAUAUAUGGAUUAAAACUGCAAGAGAUUUUUAAUAAUAUAAAGGGGAUUAAUUUCAUUGGAAAAAUGGGGACAAAAAGUUCCACCUACAGGAGCACCCUGAGAGUCCGUCCAUCAUACAAACCCAGAUUACCAGUGGUGUGA